UAAUUUUGGCUAGGUUGGCAGGCUGGCGCUCUAAACAGCUGACACAAUAUUUUGAAACAGGUAAACAAUAUUAUAAAUUUCGCAAAAACCUACAAAAUGAGCCAACUGCCAACGCAAGCGCCACAUCCACCAACGGGAACACAACAACCACUGCAGCCGCCACCACCAAUGGGCCAGAAUAUUGCACCCACUGGCGCCUUUCCAGGUUCACUAACACCCGGCUGGAACGAUCCGCCACCAAUUUCUGCGGAAGCGGCCAGCAAUCUCAACUCCCGAAGACCCCGACUGGAUCUGCGAAAACGCGUGGCAUAUCCAAUGGAUCAGCCACCGCUGCAGCCACAGCCGCAGCCACCACUUUGAUUUUAGACAAGGAGGCGAUAUCAAAAUUUCUGAUUUCUAGAAUUUUUCUUCUUUUUUUUUUAAUAAGCACCAGCUAAAUAUACAAUAUACAUAGCUUCAACAAAAAUAUAUAUACUUUGUAUAGUUAGUAUAUACAUACAUACAUUCAUACAUAGAUGAGUACGUGUGCUUUGCACUUACCAGGGCAGUUGAGCACCAUCGUAUUGAUAGAAGCCACCGUUGUGAGACU